AUGUCAAGUUCUGACCAUCCGGAAACAGAUGGUCAGACGGAACGCGUCAACCGCGUCCUCGAAGAUAUACUUCGAGGGUACGUCCACCCGUUAACGAGCUGGAGUGGGUUCUUGCCAAUGGUAGAGCUUGCCAUCAACAACUCGGUGCAUGCGACGACAACACACGCACCGUUCUUCGUGAAUGGCGUAGGCCACGUUUACCCGCCUUCUUAG